GGGCUGCGCCGCGCUCCGCCCGAGGCCGCCGGGAGGGCGAUGACCGAGUACAAGCUGGUGGUGGUGGGAGCCGGCGGCGUCGGCAAGAGCGCGCUGACCAUCCAGCUCAUCCAGAACCACUUCGUGGACGAGUACGACCCCACCAUCGAGGAUUCGUAUAGAAAGCAGGUUGUUAUCGAUGGAGAGACGUGCUUGUUAGACAUUCUGGACACUGCGGGACAGGAAGAGUACAGUGCCAUGCGCGAUCAGUACAUGAGAACCGGGGAAGGAUUCCUCUGUGUUUUUGCCAUUAACAACAGUAAAUCGUUUGCCGAUAUUAACCUCUACAGAGAACAGAUCAAGAGAGUGAAAGAUUCAGAUGAUGUGCCAAUGGUGCUAGUUGGAAAUAAGUGUGAUUUGCCCACCAGAACAGUAGACACAAAACAGGCUCAAGAAUUAGCAAAAAGCUAUGGAAUCCCCUUCAUAGAGACAUCUGCUAAAACAAGACAGGGUGUGGAAGAUGCUUUUUACACACUGGUGAGAGAGAUCCGGCAGUACCGGAUGAAAAAGCUCAACAGCAAUGAAGAUGGGAAUCAAGGCUGUAUGGGAUUGUCUUGCAUUGUGAUGUGAUAAGAUGCCAAGAAUACGUGGUUCAGAUGUAGCUGCUGGACGAGUCUCGAUGCUACUGUAUUGUGUCUCAUGCUGAUGCCCUGCAGUAUUUUGGUGCCAGUGAUGAGAAUCUUGGUACCAGUUAAUUAGCACAAGGUCCUUUUCUGUGCUCCAUCUGAAGAGAACAUCUAUGGCGUCUACCUCCUUGCUCAGCUAAUGGAGCAGUCACAUCUCUUGAUGUACUGGGAUUCUUUUCUCACUGUGUUAUCUGGGUUUGUUCAAGAAGAAAACCAGUCACAAGAAAAGUGAACUAUAGAGACUAAAUGCUGUGAAAAAGAUGACACUUUACCUCUAGAGUAAAAGCUAGAAGUGAUUUUUGUCCCCUUUCUGUUGGAUUCUGAUUUGCAGUGCUGUCAGAGAAGUGGCACUAAUCAUUGCUUGGCAGGUAAUGUCAGAAAUGGUUUUGCCACCAUGAAUGCUCCUGUCACGUAUCAGAUUGGUAUCUGCUCUCUGUGCACCCAUACAGCAUAUUUGCAACGUCUCCUUUGUGCCAGGAGUACCACUUACCUGAUUCUUCAUUUUCUGUAAUAAAAAGGAGAUACCUUUCCUAACUUAAGUGCCUGUUUGCUAAGAAGAUUUGAAGUUGUCCCCUGUUCCCUUGGGUUGAGGAAAACCCCAAGGACUGGAAUUUCUUGGGAGCUCGUUGUCUUAAGCAGGCAAGUCUGGUAUGGGUGAUCUCUUUGCCUGACAGAAUACUAAAACAGGAAUUUGUAGGCUGGAAGAUCCAGCAGGCACUUGUAAGACUCUUGAACUAGGGAGGGGGACAUACUGCAUCUGUUUUUUACUUUCUUUGUAGGUGGAACUGUUUAUAUUGUUUUUCUGCAGCAUUCAGAUCUCUUCCAAGUUGGACCAAAUAAGUCAGCUGUUCAUUUUUAACAUUAACUGCCAACAUUUAUAGGCAGCUUCUCAAUAGUUAAUGUAGUAACUGGAGGUUAGUUAGUUUGGACAGCUGUUAUUCAGCUCUGUCUAUAACUUGCAAAUUAUUUUAUUCCGAAUUAUUUUCUUACCACCAGACUGUAAACAUAGUCUCUUCAAAACGUCGCUCUGUAAAAUGUAGUUGGAGAGUCUCCUUGUCAGGGAAGGAGCGUGGGACUUCAGGUUGGCUGUAUUUGGUGCGGUGGUUGUCACGGACUUAGUAUGUCCAGACUGAGGGGAGAAGGCAAUGAGCUAUAACAGAAAACAGAGCUGGCUUCUGAUUGCAGCAUCCUUGCAAAAUGAGGAAGGAAGUGAGUUCAGUGAUGACUACGCAGAAGGUGUAUGAUGUACUGAUGGGAAUUCUGGGCUUGUUCUAACAGCCUCAAAGUACAAGAGAAUUACUGUAUAAGCUGUGUGAGUUCUUCCUAGAACAAAACCUUGUCACCUCAUAUAACUGGGAUGUCCAAGUGUGGUCACUGUUGCAAAACCUACCAGUGUUCCUCGGAAUACUGUGUCCUUCCCUAGUUCUUGUGCUGCUGAUACUGGAUUCUGUUCUGUGUGGUCAGACAGUGUAUCCCACAGCAAAGCUGAAUUCCCAGUUACUAUCUAAUGGAAGAGUAAUGAGUCUUCAGCCAACAGAGGGAGCGUUCAGUCAGUCUGCCGAACCAGUGUGAGCAGAGAAAUUGCAAGAGGCUUAAUUUCAGUUUGUUGGUGUCAGAUUCAUACAUCUUAAUUUGGAGUUCUCAAUUUCAAAUGUAAAUUAGAAAUCAGUAAAUACUGAGAGAAGAAAUUGUUCGUUUUAAUAUUGCUUUCUUCACUACUUGCAUUCUUGAUUCUCCUCUUGGAAUGAAGAGGAUCAAUCUGCAUCACGUUUUCUUUAUCUGUGAUAAUCCUUGUAAGUACUUUCUGCAAUUUAUUUUACCCUUGACUGGUGUGACAGUGAUAAGAAUUAAAACCACAAUGUUUUUACAUAAAACAUUAUUUUCCAGCAACAUACACAGUGGUGGGCAGCAUUAUGGAUAGCAUUGGCUAUGACUCAAGUUGAGUUCGUUUGAAGAUGAUCUCAUGCCUGCAAGUUAAAUGUGGCAGAAUUGCCAUCACUGCAAGCUGUCACGUCUGUAGUCAGCAAGCAGUGUUUUUCUUUUAUUUGGUGCAAGAAGAGAAGUUAUUUGUGAAAGCAUUCUUUGAGCACUGUGGCAGGAGAUGACUGUCCGGUUCUAAAGAGAUGUGUGACACACUCGUCCUCUUAAUAAAAUUACACGUGGAAAAUUAUAGCCUUUGGGAUACACAUCUGGUCACAUAGACUCAGCAUUUUGGAAAGACAGCAGUGUGCAGUUUGCAGUAUGUUUGAAUGGUGAGAUCUUGUCAUCCAGGUCCAUGUGUGUUUUCUGAUUAUUUGGGAAACUAGGGUUUUCUUUCCCGGCAAGCAGGAUUGCAGAGUUCAGAGCAUGACUGUCUGCAGCCUGUGGCCAUGGGAAACCUUUUGCAGCUGGCAUUUGAUGUUUGAAGGUUGUGUGGUCAAGUAUGGAAAACUAUUUCUUUUGGAUGGAGGUUCAUCGUAAUAACUCUAUAUUGCAUGGCAUGUUCUAGUUGUCAUUAAAAAUGUACUAGCUGUAACUCCAAAAGUUGUGAAUUCUCAGAAUUGUAUGGGAACUGGCAAAUGCAUCUACUUUCUCUUUGGUGUUCCCUUUCUCUUGGGUUAUAUAAAAUCUUAAAGGAGAAGAAGACCUGGUAAGGAUAGGUCAGUAUGUAUUUCACCUUUGGAACCUUAGAGGGGGAUGCAUCAGCUCUUAGGAUGCUGCGGGGCUGACCUACGCAGGUGGUACUCCCAUCUGCAUUAUUAUAGUACCCCUCGCUAGACUUGAAACUAAAUCAGGGUGUUGUACUAGUCAUGAGUAUGAAGUAAAUGGUUGUACUUUAUUUCCAGCUGUCUAUACAAAAGAACCCUAAUUUUGGUGGCAACUGAGAGAGAACUGUGGAAGGACAAAACCCCAAGAACUUUUGGGAAAAUUAUUUAGAAGAUAAGCACAGAAGUUUUGCACAAGACAGGUCCCUGGAAAAGGUGGUUUUGUAGAUUUAGUCCAAAUGUUGUUAUUUAGAACUAACAGCACAACACCGUGUUGGUACCAAGCUAACUUUACUAUCCUGACUGGGAAGAACUGGCAUAAACAACUUUGAGGUAAAAUAUAAAAAAAGGGUAAAGCUCUUCUUCAAAAAUUACAAGUGCCAAUAACUGAAAGAAAUAUUUCUGUUAUGGACUGAGAACAGCUGUCUAAUGAGAUAGUAUGGCUCUGUGGCUUGUUACUGUUAGUGUCCCCACUCCAUGGUCUUGUUCAAACAACAGUGCUCAAAUUUAGUUCUUGUUGUCAUCAGUAGGACUUUGGAUAGUAACCAUGACGCUUAAGCCAUCAUAAUUUUUAGUACAGUUCAGUGACGUAGAAUUGGAUUUCAAGCAACUUCAGGCCUAUGGGGGGAAGGAGAAUAGUGGCAGUUUGAAUUACAUUCUGAUCCUAUAUGUGGUCCUCCUUUACUCCCCAAGCCUUGAGCGAUGGUUUGUGUAUAACCUCCAGGAUGGUAGGGAACUGUUGGGAUCUGGACUUUUUAUCCAAGGGCUAAUUUGUUGUUACUUUGUAUAAUUAUUUGCUUUCAAUAAUGCAUCUCUUUUGGUUUGAAGUAAAUUAUUUUGCUUCUUAAAUAACUUUUUUAAAGAAUAAACUUUGAAUUCUUUGGUUG